GGGUCUUGCUGCUGGCCUGCUUUAUUCUAUCCUCUGCACGAGCCCAGAUAGAAGUCCUCAAUGGGUGUCCAUCCUACGGCUGCAAUCCGCGGGGAUCAUUUUCACUCCCGAAUCCAAUUCCGAUAGGACCCGAUGUGAACACAAAAUGGAUUGCCAAACUUGGUUAUCCAUUGCCCGAGUUGACUACGUAUGGCUGUGUGGCGAACCAGGGACAGAGUAUUGUGGUUCCUGUGAACACUCCAUCAGUUGUAGGCUAUGCGAGCUAUGAUGCGACGACUGGCCACCGGACCUGGGCAGACGGUAUCUUCCAUUAUCCAACAUUACCCAUGAUGGACACCCAAGGUGACAUCAUCGGAUGUGAUGGCAACAUCCUCGCCCUCGUCAAGGAAAAUGGCGACGUUGUCGACCCAGUCAUUAGAUUCCGGCAGUCGCUUAAACCAACCUAUAGUAUUAUGAUGACGGAUAACAAUGUCAUGUUGAUGGUGUCAGGCAACGGGAUGCUUCUGACAUAUCUUUCGGAUGGUGUGGUCCAUGCCUCCAUGUUUACUGAAUACAACUAUUAAUGGAGUCAAUGGCACUUACAAUCCUAUUGCUCAGCCAGUUCUCAGCGGACACAGGGCGUAUGUGUUGACUGAGUUCGUGCCCCAGGAUGCAUCAGACAAGGUUAAGGUCCAAGACGUUGGUCCUCGUCUCUAUUCCGUGGAUAUUUUACGAAUCGCCGCGCCUAGGAUGAACAUCACAUGGUUCAUCGACCUCACUCCUAUCCCUGCAGCACGGAGGAAAAACCCGGAAAAACGUCGGGAGGAUCACAAAUGGUCCGAUACGGAGUUCAACAUGGCGACAGACAAGAACGAAAGAAAGGAAGCCCGGGACGCUAAAGAAGAAGACAUUCCAUUGACAAGUACACCGAGAGUAAUAGCCGCAGCGUACAGCCAUGUUUUUGUUAUGAAGCAAGAUUGGAGAAACCUGACUUGGUAUAACUUUUACGACAUCAUAGACAAUGGAUGGAACGCAUCGUACGAAGCUUCGUUUUCUACGCAGUACGCUGACGAUAUUUCGUCAGAUUAUCUCGCCACGCACGAACAUGGGUUUUAUAUCUGGUUAUAUUCGAGAAAGUAUGGUGCAAUCACGCGAUUCAACUAUAUAACAAAAGAACUAAGCGCGACAGUAUUUUUCGGCGAGAACAUUUUUCCCAAAUGCGAAUUGAUUUUCACAUCGAAUCUGAUGGUUCAGACCCCAGUCAACGCCACGGACACUUACAAGAUAAUCGUUGGAAUGAAAUCAGUUGGAGCAAUAUGUAAACUAAAAUUGGCAACAAUUGAUACGCCAUCGUCAUUAGGUUCAGGGGAACAUUUCCUGAUCGUCCUAGAACUAAUAAAGCAAGCACCGGCUAACGAUGUCUAUCAACCAAUCAGCAUCAUCAGCACUGGCGAUUUCGCAAUCCGCGGUCAAAUAGUGACGUAUCUUUCCGAUGGCAACAAUAGUAGUUCGAAACCAACACUCGCUGCAGUGGCUGACAAUCUUGAGGAAGCCAUCUUGUUGAACUUUCAAUAAAUGCAGACGCCAGAACUGCAUAAUGAACAAAGACUAACGUGAAGAGCAGACGCCUUCACCUGCAAGAUUCUUCUAACCACAUGGGACCGAUUUAGCAAAGACACCUAGACCUGCAGGUACAAGAUUCUUCUACCACAUGGAGCUUAUUUAGCAAAGACAUCUAGACCUGCAGAUACAAGAUCCUUCUACCACAUGGAGCUUAUUUAGCAAAGACACCUAGACCUGCAGUUACAAGAUUCUUCUACCACAUGGAGCUUAUUUAGCAAAGACACCUAGACCUGCAGGUACAAGAUUCUUCUAUCACAUGGAGCCUAUUUAGCAAAGACACCUAGACCUGCAGAUACAAGAUUCUUCUAUCACAUGGAGCCUAUUUAGCAAAGACACCUAGACCUGCAGGUACAAGAUUCUUCUAUCACAUGGAGCCUAUUUAGCAAAGACACCUAGACCUGCAGAUACAAGAUUCUUCUAUCACAUGGAGCCUAUUUAGCAAAGACACCUAGACCUGCAGGUACAAGAUUCUUCUAUCACAUGGAGCCUAUUUAGUAAAGACACCUAGACCUGCAGAUACAAGAUUCUUCUACCACAUGGAGCCUAUUUAGCAAAGACACCUAGACCUGCAGAUACAAGAUUCUUCUAUCACAUGGAGCCUAUUUAGCAAAGACACCUAGACCUGCAGAUACAAGAUUCUUCUAUCACAUGGAGCCUAUUUAGCAAAGACACCUAGACCUGCAGGUACAAGAUUCUUCUAUCACAUGGAGCUUAUUUAGCAAAGACACCUAGACCUGCAGAUACAAGAUUCUUCUAUCACAUGGA